AUUAACAAUGUAAAAUCAUUUACUUAGAAAACAGUUAAAACAAAAAUGGCGUUUGCUUCAAAGAUCAUCACAUGCCUCCUCGUCCUUAAGGUCUACAUGGCAGCUCCAACAGAGUCACACAUAACGUGUGGGAUAGUGACAUCCACAUUGGCUCAGUGCAUGGGCUACUUGACCAACUUUUUUCCAGUGCCAUCAGACUACUGCUGCGCGGAAGUCAAAGCAUUGAAUCAAAUGGCUCAGACCACUCCGGACCGCCGACAAGUAUGUAAGUGCCUUAAAGCAGUGGCUAAGGAAAACAAAGGAUUCAUUAACAUCGAGCUUGUGGGCACACUCCCUACCAUUUGUGGUGUUUCAGUUCCCUACCCAUUUAAUUUCAGCACCAAUUGUGACACUAUAUCGACUGCCGUGUGAAGGAGGGUAGCUAGAGAUGUACGACUAAUCAAAGUUGCCAGCUUUAUAACCUAGCAUCAUAAUUAUUCUGCUUUCCAUUUUAUGACCUCAUUGUCUUAUUAUUAGUAGUUGUCCACUUCAUAUAAUAAUAACGACAAAGGAACUCCCUCUCUCUUUACUGUCACUUUAAUGUAUGUACACGUACCGUACCGUCAGGGUCAGGGAUAACACUUACAUCUUACUAUUACAUCUAAUAUGAUCAAAAGGUACUUGCAGGAAUAGUUGAGAUUUUAGUCGACCGCAUUGGCCGAAUUAUCCGAAGAGGAUCGUUUAACCGUCGCAAGAGCACGAAAGGGGUGAAUGUGCUUUUGCUUGCAAACGCUUAAGCACCUAUGAAAAAAAGGUUUGGCGUAGAUAUAUUUUGCAGCAUACAAGUUCGGUCCAAAUGAUAAAAGCUAAAGUGGAUACAUGUGUGCGG